GAGCCUUUAUCUUGGGUGAAAAAGGUAGUAUUGAGAAUGGUGGUAGGUUGUUCCUCUCGAUGGGAAACAGGUGUGUUUAUUUUGGAAAUUAAAUUUUAAAAUGGUGACGGUCAAGACUGAUGUGGAAGCUCCGGCGGUGAAGGAGGAGAUCCCUCAUGACCACCUCUUCAAGGUGACGGGAUUGUCUUCGACUAAUCUGGAGAAGUUGGCACAAGAGCCGUCAGACUUCGAAGCAGCGAUCGCAGCAACGGGCUUCGGGCGCUUCAACAUCUUCCUGAUGCUGUGCUCUCUCCCUGCCUUCUGGAGCGCGGUCUCCGUCACCAGCUCCGUGUCCUACAUCUUCACCAGGGCGCAGUGCGACAUGAGCCUCAGCCUGCUCGACAUGGGCACCAUCAACGCUAUCACUUAUGGAGGCAUGAUCUCAUCGGCCAUGGUAUGGGGCUUCCUAUCAGACACGCUGGGGCGGCGGCGCAUCAUGGCCUACGGGUUCUUCUGCUCGGGGCUGGUGGAGAUCGCGGCUGCCAUGAGCCAGAGCUUCAUCAUGCUGCUGCUGACGCGUUUUGCCAGCGGGUUUCUUUUCAACGGCCCCUUCGCGGUGCUCCUGUCCUACUUAGCAGAGCUCCACCGUACAGAGUUGCGCGCGCGCGUGAUCCUGCUCACCAGCCUGUUCUACACCGUGGCCAACACCACGCUGCCCAUGCUGGCCUGGGCCAUCCUGACCAAGGACUGGCAGUUCCACAUCUAUGGGGAUACUAUUGUAAUCCACAGCUGGAACCUGUUCCUCUUCGCCACGGCUCUGGUGCCGCUCCUCACGGGCGUGGCCUUCCUCUGUCUGCCUGAGAGCCCCAAGUUCCUGAUGUCCAGGGGACGGAACGACGAGGCCAUGAAGAUCUUCAGGAAGAUCUACAGCAUGAACAUGGACAAGCCUGCUGAAGAUUAUCCGAUUACUCAACUAGUAGAAGAGAAGACGGAAGAACAAGCUCGAGGAGUGGCAGCCCUGAGGGGGGGCGUGGCGCAGCUGCUGCCGCUGUUCAGGCCGCCGCACGCCAAGUGGCUGCUGCUCAUCUGCUUCAUACACUUGGGCUGUAUGUUCGGGUCCAACACGAUCCGCCUGUGGUACCCGCAACUAGCCGCCAUGAUCGGCUCGGAGACCAACGGCAGUCUGUGCUCUGCCAUCGCGCCGGGCCCGGUGCUGGUGGCCGAUGAAGCCUGCGUGCCCAUCGAGACCGACAUCCUGACGUAUCUACAGAGCGCCGUGGUGGGAGCUGGCUCCGUGCUGACGUAUGGAGUUGGUGGGGCGCUGAUUAACAGAUGCGGCAAGAAGGUAGUGGUGGGCGUGAGCGGCGUCAUCAGCGCGGGUCUGGUGGUGCUGCUGCCUCUCCUGGGGCAUGACGCGAUGUCGGUGGCGGCGCUGGUGACGGCCGUGCUCGCCUUCACUUCACUCUUCGGGGCUUCCAUGCACAGCGUCGCCGUCGACCUGUUCCCGACUUCACUGAGGGUGAUGGCAAUGGCAACCUUCCUGAUGAGCGGGCGGCUGGGCACCAUCGCGGGCACCGUCAUCUUCCCCGCGCUCGUCACCUACGGCUGUUGGCCGCCCUUCAUCACCAUCGCAGCGGUCUUGGGCGUAUGCGGAUUGACCUGCUGCAUGCUUCCUAAUACCACUUUGAAGAAGUUGGAAUGAAGAAAAACAAUAAAGACUGACCACCAACACACCUACCUACCGACACAAACUUUUUUUUGUAAAAUAACUGGCUGCAAUGAUAACGGUGGUAGGUUUCCCGCCUAUUCUUUAAAAAAGAUAGAAUGCAGCUUGUAAUAAGGUACUUUUUUAAUUCCAAAUGAUGUGCCUGGACUGGACUAUCUGAAUUUAUUCCGCCUUUGCGUAAGUACCUAAGUAGGUAUUUGGAAUCAGAAUCUAUGCUAAAUCUAGGCAAUUUCAACCUAAAUUGUAUUUAGAAAUUGCCAAAAAGAGUUAAGAAAAUAAUUAUACAGUUAGGGUAACUUAGUGAAAUGAAGAUGAAUAAAACGGCAGCUGUUUUAAAAAUAUUAUCUUUCUUUAUUUAUAAUUUAUCAUAACCUAAUCUCUUCCAUCGUCGCAGGCGCAACUAGACUGGCGAAUUAGGGACACCUAAAUUAUUAAAUUUCUCAUUAAGUUUAUUUAUUAUUACACCAGCAAAACAUAUUUUAACAAUGUGUUUUAAUUUAAUUUCGAAACCGUACACUUCCGGCCACGGAAAAGUAUGACCAUAUUUUUUGACAACUUGUAUAAAACCUUAUUUUACGUUCUAAAUAACAACUUCCAAUAUAUAAUUUAGUAUUAAACACUGUUUUUCUCUUAAAAAGAAGUUAACACAUUGUAAAAUAUGUUUUAAUUUAUUAAGGCGCUACAUCAGUCUAACGCGAUGAUUGAACAGCGGAUGUAUGAAUUCCCAAGACAUACAACAACGACGGAAUCGUGCUUGCAUUUGUGACUAUGAACAGAACGAUAACUUAACGAGAGGUGUAGGCCAGGAGUAUCGUUGCCGCAGCGGUAUAAAUAGAAAACAAUUCAAGUGUCAAUGCUAUCCCGUCCGAGAACACAACUGGCAUUUAUCAGUCGAACGACUAAAAAAUACACAUAGAUGUUGUUAUUAUCUGUUAUAUUCUUCGGGGCAACAUUGCACACAUGAAGCAGCAAAAAAUCUUGCAAACGAAAAUCUUUGCAUUUUAAACAUGGCACUGACGGAUGAUAAAAUCAAUUUCUAAGCUGUAGUAAAAAUGUCGAUGCAAACAUUUUCGCUUGCAAGCUUACGCCUUGGGCACCAUUUUAAACUAUUGCUUUUAUUCUUUAACUGGCCAGUUCAUACGUAUUACCAGUACACUUA